GGAACAUCAGGCAAUCGCGGUGGAUUUAGUAGAGGAGGGGGAGGACGCGGGGGAGGAGGAGGAGGAGGAGGAGGAGGAGGAGGACGUGGAUUUGGUAGAGGAGGCGGUCGCGGUGCUCGUGGUGGGCGAGGUGGAGAUCGCGGCGGUCGGGGUGGUGGUCGGGGUGGUGGUCGGGGUGGUGGCCGUGGUCGUGGAGGCCCCGGUGGUGGAGCCAGGGGCGGUGCGAAGGUCAUCCUCGAGCCCCAUAGACAUCCAGGUGUCUUCAUCGCCAAGGGGAAAGACCAUCUACUUGUCACGAAGAACCUUGUCCCAGGAGAAAGUGUUUAUGGUGAAAAGCGGAUAUCCAUUGAAGGUGGUGUUGACGACACAAAAGUCGAGUAUCGCGUAUGGAAUCCUUUCCGGAGUAAGUUGGCAGCAGGUGUAUUGGGCGGUAUGGAUAAGAUUUUCAUCGAACCUGGAAAGAAGGUUCUAUACCUCGGUGCUGCCAGCGGUACGAGUGUCAGUCACGUAGCAGAUAUUGUUGGUCCUGAAGGUGUUGUCUAUGCUGUUGAAUUUUCACCGCGAUCAGGGCGUGAUCUGAUUAACAUGGCCAAAAAGCGCACAAACGUCAUUCCGAUUGUGGAGGACGCCCGCCUUCCUAACAGGUACCGCAUGCUGGUGUCAACUGUAGACGUUAUAUUCGCAGACGUUGCACAGCCCGAUCAAGCACGUAUUGUUAUCCACAAUGCGCAGUUCUUCCUCAAAGAUGGUGGCCAUGUCGUCAUAUCUAUCAAAGCUAGCUGUAUAGAUUCAACAGCAGCACCCUCCGCCGUUUUUGUGCAAGAAGUACAAAAACUACGAGAAAACAAGUUGAAGCCCAUUGAACAAAUUACUCUCGAGCCGUACGAGCGUGACCACGCUAUGGUUGCUGGUUAG